AUGGCAAAGGCUCUGAUAAUAGCGGUUAUCUUGGUAACAUUCUUUACGGAGUAUUCUCUCUGUAGAAAAGAAAGGAAAAAUAGUGAGAUGGGAAAUGUUCAGCGAGUAGACAACCAAGCCAGUGACGAAGAACCGAGUAAAUAUUUUACUCCUAACGAAACUCUGGAAAAGAAACAAAAACAGUCCUUCAGUCCUACCGCCCAGGAUGACAAGACUGCGACGUCAACCGAAGCAAGAUUAUCAUCGGACAAGAGAAAGGAUCUGCUUGGAAAAGUCAUUAAUAAACCUAGGAAUCCAGAAGCAAAGUCAGUCGUUCGUCAGGAUGUAACGGCGUCGAAAAGGGUGGCUCCGGCUGCAGCAGGCUUGCUAACAAAAAUCGCGGGAAACGAGCAAGUCCAAAAGGCUGUACUCGAAAAGGGGAUUGAAGUGGCGGGAAAACUGGUUGAUAAACAACUAAAAAACAUCGAAGAAGCGCAGGAAAAAGCUUCAGAUUUUCUUAAGAAAGAAAUCAAAUUAGACAUCACCCCAGACAAGGCAUGGGCGACUGAAGAUAUGUUUAUUCCACCGGGUUAUCACAUCAAUGCUAAAGUUGAAGGCGGAAAAAAAUCUGACGAGUCUAAUGACCCACAGCCCUACACCUACCCAGCAGGCAUGGGGAGUAUGAUCAUGAAUGGUUGCUGGGGAACUGGUUACCAGCAGGGAGACCCUUGUUUUAAGUCUCUUAAAGCAGCRAAACUAUGCAAGAACAUGAUUGAUGGUGCUGCAUUUAUUGGUGUUGGUUUUGAUGGUCGUGGUCAAUACAGCCCUGAGUCCAGGAAGAUGAGUAUCAUCCAGAGAAGCUGUGGUGGACAUUCAUCUUAUGAUGAYCUUCAAGUGCCAGACACGAUGAACGUGCACGGGAUCUAUGACACUACAGCAAGUAUGACCGUAUUUACGUCACGAUCUGAGUAUCAAAAGUAUUUACAAAAUGAAGCAGSAGUGUCAGGUUCCGUUUUGGGGUUCUACGCUGGCGUCAAGAGUGCUUGGGGAAGCUCCGAAAGCGGCGCAAAACAAACUAAUCUUGCCAUCUUUGAUAUCGAUGUGGACAGAUACGAGAUCUUUCAAGACGAAGUCAAGCCACAGGAUUUGAGCAGAAACUUCUUGAGAGAGUUCGUUGGUCUUCCACUUUCGUAUUUUGCCCCUGGUGCUCCAGCUAAAUUUCAGGACUUUAUUCUCCGGUGGGGAACUCACUACAUCAAGUCUGCCAGGUUUGGUGGUCAACUGGAACUGCGGAAGACACAAUUGGCAAGCAUGACCGCCAGCAAGGAAGAAUUUGCCGAAGAGAGCGAAACUGAAUUCAAAAGUCUGUUUUGGAGUGCAGGAGCAAAAUCAAGCACCAAAUCUGGCAGCUCGUCCAAGUCACAGCAGAGCUACACGUCGUCAUCUGUAGUUGUGCAAGGAGGAAGUCAGAGAAUAGCAGCGGUUAUUUCUGAUAUGUAUUCACCUACUUUUAAGACCCAGUUUACGGAAUGGCUGGAGAGCAUACCCACCUAUCCCAAGGCCUUCAAGUUCCUCAUGGGAUCUAUCACUGAUCUGGUGGAUUUUCGUGCCAACGACUUGUUUCCAGAGGAAAACAUAGACUGGGGUUGCGAAAAGAAUAAAUUGAAUCUUACACUAGACGAAAAAUCUCAAAAAAGUUACUAUGUUUACAACAACAAGCGUGUUUACUGUGAGUUUGCCAGUCGGGAGGAGAUGGACUAUAGCUUGAAACGCAAACGCGUGAGCUUAAAGAGGGCGAUUGAAGUGUACAUGGAAGAGGGUGCAAUGUCUAUAUCAGACGUCAGUCUUCCUGCUGGAAAAGCUGGUUGUGAAAGUAAUGAUCCAAGAUAUCAGUCGGCAACCAAGAGGCCAUCUUGGGAGGAGAUKACAACUCAACGKAAACGUUUUACUGUAAUCUUCGACAUGUUGAAAGAUAUGAAGGGGGCUGUUGAYGAUGGUAUUGACAUUCCUAAAUCCAUGUCAAGAAGUGUUCAAUACAGUGAAGAGCAAUGGUACACGGCAGACGAAGAUGGAGACUUUCACAUGUACGAUGGCUUCAGCAAUGGUGGUAGCGGUAAUCUUGAAAACAAAAAAAUUUCUAUAUUUGGACUUGUCUUGACUUAUAACGAGGCCAAGGGUAGUCUCAUUUUAGACAGUGCAGACUAUGCAGAAUCCAAAAAGUACUUUCCCGGACUAAGCGAACUUUUAAAGKGWRCUCURUAYGUAGUUUUCUCGGCGGUUCCCAGUAACAAGGACACGUGGUAUUACCUUGAGAUUUCACCAUUUGGAGUUGGUAUCUACAAGUCUCAACAGCUCAAGGUAUCUACUGUCAAUACCAAUGCUGUAGCCUUAGGAGACGCCCUCUUGUACCAGUCAUACUUUGUCUGUGUUACUGAGUCACCAACAAGUACCGUCAUUGAGUAUGGCAAGUCCCAGGGCACCACCGACAGUGGWGAUGUCUACUUGACAAUGAUUGAUCACGAUAAACCGAUUCAUGCUCGCUUUUAUUCCUUUGCUAAUGGCGAAGAACCAGCACAAGUUGUGGAUUCCCAUGUGAUAUCGCGUAGAUUAACCACAGCAGAAUGUAAAGGAGAUACGUACAGAGAUAAGGAGGAGCCAAACUGUGUACAGAAAUGUCACGAAGCUUGUGCCCCUUUAGCAGGCUGUCAGUACACGUCGCAAGGUAAGCCAAAGGCAUCUGAAUGUAACGAGUGUCGAUAUGCAAGAGAUCGGAAUGGCGUCUGCGUGGAUCAGUGUCCCGCUGAAGAGAAACCAAACAAGGACAAAUAUUGCACCAUUUCGUAUGAUUUGAGUUUCAAACCUAAUACGAAGACCGAACAAUCUGUACUUAGUGGUUUCCCGACGAUGAACGAGUUAACUCUAUGUUUCUGGGCGAAAUUCGGAAAUAUUAAACCAUUCUUUAGGUAUAAUGUAUUAGAGUAUAUCAACAACAACGCAGAUAAAGAUCGGUUCCAUUUGCAAAUCCAAGGAGGUGAAGAAGAGGAUAAAGUUAUUGUUUAUUUUUCAGUGACCAAGACAAGCAAUGAGGAKGAAGGACGAGGUGUAGAAUUCGACAACAAAGACAACGGAUGGCACCAUUACUGCGUAACUCGAGACAGCAACUCAGGGAAAACGAAUGUUUAUGGUGAUGGCAUUAACUCCCACAAGGAUCCAUCCCUUGAAUUCCUAGUUCCAAGAAAAGUACCACAGGCAGGAGGAGAGAUGCAUUUGGGAGGAUUUCAGAAAACAAACUUCAAAGGAGUCAUAUCAGAUCUCAAUAUCUGGGAUAGAAUGUUAACGGAGGAUGAAAUUGCUAAAAUGUCUCAGUCGUGUGAUGGCAGUAAUCGAGGGAAUGUGAAGGACUGGAGUGAUAUCAAAAAUGAGCUCACACCCAGUCACUAUACUGUCACCAAACCUUCCACAUGUAAGGCUAAAAAACGGGUUGAUAAGGAAUGA